AUAAUGCACGGCUACGACGCUGACGGCUCCUAUUAUGACGAAAAUGGUGCCUUCGAUCCCUGGGGUACGGAGGAAUUCGCGGUGGCGUUCACCAACAGGACAAUCUGCGUGCGGCGAUCAUAUAAAUCGGUAGAAAAGCUGAUGGCCCGGCAAGAUAUAGUGGACGACGUAAUCGAUUCGGAACAAUUGGCGGACUUUGUGGGCGUCAGGGUUGCGCACAAGGCCUACAAUUUAUUGCCAGCCGACGAGCGUUUGAUGCAGCUGCCCGGCGUGGACAUGACAGCCGAGCGCCUAUUUUUCAUCAGCCACUGCGUCAAGUUGUGUGAGGAUCAACGCGUGGUUGCAGAGCGGUAUGCUCCGGCGAGUUCGCGGUGCAUUGUGCCGCUCAUGAACAUGCCUGAGUUCGCGGCCUCGUUCAAGUGCUCUCAGGGGACCCUCAUGAACCCAGCACAUAAGUGUGAUUUCUGGUAGCAAAAGUUUUUGGCAGCUUGACAUCGCCGCUUUGUGAAAUUAUUUGAAACGCUGACACUUCUGAUCUCCACAACACUAUUAGCGACGCAAAUCGGAGCUCCAAGCUACUGAUUACUGUUUAUAU